GCAACCGAUAUGCCUCGGAGAAAGAGAAACACUGGGAGCAGCUCUGAUGGCACAGAGGAUUCCGAUUUUUCUGCUGAUUUGGGGCACACUGACAGCUCAGAGAGUGAUGCCAACAUGUGCCGAAACACACGCCUCACACGUGCUUCUGGUCGACUCUCUGAGAGCUCACAAGAGUCAAGCCUUGUGCGAAACCCAGAGGCCUUAGCCACCAUAGAGGCAGCUGCCUUCGCUACCCGACGGAUGACUCGUAGUCAACACCAGGGGGCCCAGGCUGCUUCAAAGAAGUACACACUGUGCCAAAGCCGUUCCUCAGGCUCAGACACAGAGGCAGCGGUGGAAGUCUCUGAACGUGACCUUAAACGAGUCGUGGAUCACGGUGAUUCUCCACCCCGUACCCCCACUGGAGACGCACCGUCCCCUGAGUCGUACAUAGACAUGUCCAGCCCCAGUGUCUCUCGCAGCGAGAGCUUGGCUAAGGAUCUGCUGCUGAAAGACUCAUGCCACGACCUGUCCCACCGGCCCAAGCGCCGCCGCUUUCACGAAAGUUACAACUUCAAUAUGAAAUGCCCAACACCUGGCUGCAACUCUCUUGGACAUUUGACAGGGAGACAUGAGCGGCAUUUUUCAAUCUCUGGCUGUCCUUUGUAUCAUAACUUAUCUGCAGAUGAGUGUAAGGUAAAGGCUAGCUCUCGAGAAAAACAGGUCGAGGAGAGAACCCUGUCCCAGCGGCAGGAUGAGACCCGACCUUCUACACGGCACCUGGCCGCCACAGACCGUCAGCUGAGAUACAAAGAGAAGAUCUUGGUGAUGAGGAAAAAAAGGAACUCUGGCUCACUGAAAGACGUGAGUGAGAAACACAUGGAGCGUGGGCAGAGGCAUGGCAGCAGUCAGGAGCCUGUGUUGGAGAACAUCACCAGUGACUAUGACCUGGAGCUCUUCCGCAGAGCCCAGGCACGGGCCUCUGAGGACCUUGAGAAGCUGCGUCUCCAAAGCCGGGUCACAGAGGGCAGUAACAUGAUCAAGGCCUUAGUGUUUGGCUUCUAUGAGCUGGACACGUGGUAUCACUCUCCUUACCCAGAGGAGUAUGCACGCCUUGGUCGCCUUUACAUGUGUGAAUUCUGCCUUAAGUACAUGAAGAGUCAGACCAUUCUGCGUCGGCACAUGGCAAAAUGUGUAUGGAAGCAUCCACCUGGAGAUGAGAUUUACAGAAAAGGAGCUAUCUCUGUUUUUGAAGUGGAUGGCAAAAAGAACAAGAUUUACUGCCAGAACCUGUGUCUGUUAGCCAAGUUGUUCCUGGACCAUAAGACCCUGUACUAUGAUGUAGAGCCCUUCCUCUUCUAUGUUAUGACAGAGGCUGAUAACACUGGCUGUCACCUUGUGGGUUACUUCUCAAAGGAAAAGAAUUCAUUCCUGAAUUAUAAUGUGUCCUGUAUACUCACCAUGCCUCAGUACAUGCGGCAAGGCUAUGGCAAGAUGUUGAUUGAUUUCAGUUAUCUCCUUUCUAAAGUGGAGGAGAGGGUGGGCUCCCCUGAGCGGCCUCUCUCUGACCUGGGCCUGAUCACUUACAGGAGCUACUGGAGGGAUGUGCUCCUCCGUUACUUACAUGACUUCAAGGGCAAGGAAAUCUCCAUUAAAGAGAUCAGUCAGGAAACUGCAGUGAAUCCAGUGGAUAUUGUCAGUACCUUACAGUCACUCCAGAUGCUGAAAUACUGGAAAGGCAAACACCUAGUAAUGAAAAGACAGGAUUUGAUUGAUGACUGGAAGGCUAAGGAGGCCAAACGAGGAAGCUGUAAGACCAUCGACCCUAACGCGCUGAAGUGGACUCCGCCUAAAGGGUCCUAG